AGCCCCCGGGGUUCGCAGGGGUCCCCGUGGGCGGGAGCACUAGUGUGCGGGCUACCCGGCGGGCUCGUCAGGUGCGUGCCCAGGUACAGCGGGCCAGGGGCCGCUCAGGCAGAGUGAGCCCAGGCUGGCCCCGCGCCACUUCCCUGCGGUCCUAGGUGCGGGCCACCGGGCUCCGACCUGGGCCACACACAACUCAGCUGUACCAGCAUGUGCCGGAGACACGCUGGCCCAUCGUGUAUUCACCACGCUACAACAUAACCUUCAUGGGCCUGGAGAAACUGCAUCCCUUUGACGCGGGAAAAUGGGGCAAAGUGAUCAGCUUCCUGAAAGAAGAGAAGCUCCUGUCAGAUGGCAUGCUGGUGGAGGCGCGGGAGGCUUCGGACGAGGACCUGUUGGUGGUGCACACGAGACGCUAUCUCAACGAGCUGAAGUGGUCCUUUGCUGUUGCGACCAUCACAGAGAUCCCCCCUGUCAUCUUCCUCCCCAACUUCCUUGUGCAGAGGAAGGUGCUGAAGCCUCUUCGGACCCAGACAGGAGGAACCAUCAUGGCAGGGAAGCUGGCCAUGGAGCGAGGCUGGGCCAUCAAUGUGGGUGGCGGCUUCCACCACUGCUCCAGUGACCGGGGCGGGGGCUUCUGCGCCUACGCGGACAUCACACUGGCCAUCAAGUUUCUGUUUGAGCGAGUAGAAGGCAUCUCCAGAGCCACGAUCGUUGAUCUCGAUGCCCAUCAGGGCAACGGGCAUGAACGGGACUUCAUGGGUGACAAGCGUGUGUACAUCAUGGAUGUCUACAACCGCCACAUCUACCCCGGGGACCGCUUUGCCAAGCAGGCCAUCAGGCGGAAGGUGGAGCUGGAGUGGGGCACGGAGGAUGAUGAGUACCUGGACAAAGUGGAGCGGAACCUCCAGAAAGCCCUCCAGGAGCACCUGCCCGAUGUCCUGGUGUACAACGCGGGCACCGACAUCCUGGAGGGGGACCGCCUUGGGGGGCUGUCCAUCAGCCCACAGGGCAUCGUGAAGCGGGAUGAACUGGUGUUCCGGGUGGUCCGGGGCCGCCAGGUGCCCAUCCUCAUGGUGACCUCGGGUGGGUACCAGAAGCGCACGGCCCGCAUCAUUGCCGACUCCAUCCUUAAUCUGUACAGCCUCGGGCUCAUCGGCUCCGAGUCCCCCAGAGUCUCGGCCCAGAACUCAGACACACCUCUGCUGCCCCCGGAGGUGCCCUGACCACGCCGCAGCCCUUCUGCUCUUCUGCGCGGCCCCCUGCCUGCCUCAGCCCCACCCGCCCCUCCGUGCUUCUCCUUUUCUAACCACGGGGGUGCUGGGGGCAGCUGCCAGGAGGCGCCGCGGGGCAGGGGCCGGCCUUGGGGGCAGCCCCUCCACUCUCCCCAUUGGGUGUCAGAGGGUCUCGAGGCCCCUCUGUGGGUGGGGGCGGAAGGCAGGGCCUGAGUCCCAGAAGACCUCACAUGGGGUCACGGGUCUGACCAGGGCCCUGCAGAGGCAGGCAGUUUCGCAAGGAGGGAGAAUGGCAGAUAAGGCUUUUGGGGCACGAGUCGUGGGAUUUGUCCCACCCUCUCCUCUUCACGUCAGGGAGGGUACGAGGAACCAUGGGCACCCGUGUGGGCAGGGCUGAGAGCUGGGUGCUACAGGUAGGCCUUUGGGGGGUGGGCUCUGGAUUCCCAGGGCUCCCAGACGUGAGGGGUGGCAGGGAAGGGGGUGCGAGUGGGUUUUCCCAUCUGGUAUUCCCCUUCAAUAAAGCAAGGGCUGGGCCUGCUUUCCCGGGGCUCCUCAGUGGUGAUAAGGAGAGGGGAGGGCCUGAGGAGCCCCAAAUCAUGCUUCAGCCACGUUCUUGCCUGUUUAGGGAAAGUAGCAGGUUUGGGGGAAGAACACUUGGCUCAAUGAUGGGCCUCAGCACUGGAGGCUUGAGGGGGCUGCCAACUCCAGUGGGGAGGAGACAGAAGAAGGUGGGGCCCAGAAGGGGACCUUGGGGAUGGGGGCAGGUGGCCAAGCUGGGACCUGAGGCUCCAAGGAAGGACCAAGGUGCUGGUGGCCAGGCUGGAGUUCCUGGAGGGAGGGCAGAGGUCUCCAACCUGGCCUGUAGGUUGUAUGGGUAGGAGCUAGGGCAGGGCCUUGAGUUGGCGGGGGUGGGAGGGGGCGGCUAUAGCCUCCACUGGCCUCACCCAAAGUGCCCAGGCCCUGAUUGCGCUUGGAGUCCAAGGUUCCAAGUGGGCCCUGACCUCUGGUCUUUGAAAUGCCCCAGACCCUGACCUUGUCCUUAGCUCUAAUCUGAAAGGGACGGUCAGGGCCUCCCAGGAGGCUGGGUGGGGGGAGUACCCACACCCCUCAUUACCUGGGUGUGUUCUUAGACAGUGAUUACAGGUGGGGGGUGGGGAGGGAAAGUGGGCCAGCCGAGGCAUCCCCGCCCGAUCGACCCCAGCUGGGGCACUCAUGUUCAUUACCGUCUGGGGGUACUCUAGCAUUCUCCCACAUACUCCCUUGGUGCUCCCUCUGCUGGGGGAUGGGAGGAAGGGUUUCAAAAUCAUGAACUAUCAAAAAGACUGACCUCCUGGACUAGACCUCGAGGCACUAACCACGCACUUGGACUCCCUCACCCGCCCGCCGCCCUUGCCGAUGGUUUCUCUGCACCUGACUGAAGGUACCUAACAUCCCCUCAUUUGCACCUGGGGCCUGCGACAUCCGGGGGCAGGCAGUGGGCUCGCUUCAUUACUGUUGAGCUUCUGUUUGUAGGGACCAUAAAGGCUCUUCUCGAUGGGACUGGCUGCUGUGUGUGCUUGAGAUGGAGAAUCCUUGCCUCCUAAGGAUUGAAGGGAGUAAAGAUUUAAAAUUCACAUAGCACGAGGCCUGACCUCGAUAGCUGCCCCAAAUGCUAGUAUUUUAUACCGUUCUCAGAGUCCAAAUGAAGUAGGUCCUUGUUCCCAUUUUACAGAUGAGGCAACUGAGACUCAAGGUAUUUGCCUCAGGCCACCCGUGUGGUAGAGCCAGGUCUCAACCCAGCUCUGCCAGAUACCCAAGUAUGUGUUCCCAGAUGCCUCACAUUUGGCAGGAGUGAAGGAAUGAGGUGGGGGUUGUUGCUCUCCAGACAAAGGAGGGUCCAGGGUCUGGAAUGUGUGGAGGGGGGAGGCAGGCAGGGCUGGACUAUGAUGGCGGCUCUGCACAGGGUGGGAGGCAGCUGGGGGGCCCUGGUAGGGCAGCAGGUGGGGUGGGGGGUGUCUUCCAGCCCUGGGUUGUGGUUGGAGCAUGUGGAUGGAGCGUGGGGAUGGGUUGGGCUGAGGCAGAGGGGUCCAGGCAGGUGGAGAGCAGAGCCUGUCCUCAGCCUGGUAGUGACCAGUGCGUCCCCAGUGCUGGUGGCACAGCUGGGCUGGGAAGCAGGGUGGCCCCCAUGUGUUCAUGCCAGGGACAAGGAUGGCAGGUAAAGAUAUUGGGGGGUGGUGGGCAGGGGUCCAGGUCAGCCCUGUGCUGGGCGUGAGGAGGGUGAUGAAGGCCGACAAGGGCCAGACCCUGUUCCAGGCUCUCGGCAGGGAUGAACGUCACAGCCGUCUGAGCUAAGAACUAUUUUUAUCUCUGUUCUACAGAUGUAGACAUGAGGCAUACAGAGGGUUGGCUCGUUGCUUGAUACCCACAGCUAGUGAGUAGAGGAACAGGAUUUGAACCAAGGCCCCAGAAUCAUAAGCUGUUUCCUCAUCUGUAGGAUGGGGCCUUUGCAGGUCCUUACCUAAAGGUGGUUCCAGGAAUAAAUGCCAUAAUACAUGGAAUGCAUUUAGGGUGCCAUGUGGCAUUUUCUUAGCACCCAGUGAAUGUCAGUCAUGAUGAUGACGAUUGCCCUAUAGGUCGGGUUAAGAAUCGAGGAUAGUUGAGGUGAAGCGUCCAGGAUCUGUCCUGAAGAUCUGUGUGGUUUGCUGUUUGCACAUGGUACCCCAAGUUACAAACACCCAAGGAACAUGCCGACCCCGUGAGGUGCUGAGGGUCUGGCACGGCAGCCUUGCUGACCAGGGGGGUGGGGUGGGUUCUGCAGCCCAGGGCGGAAGUGGGGACAGGCUGGGGACAGACACAUGCUACGAGGAGCAGGCGAGCUUGGGAAAGCACUGUCCAGUGGGAGCCCACUGUGAACAGCCCUGAUGCCUGGCAGGUGGGAGAUUUCUGUGAAAGACCCCGUCCAGAGCCUCCGGAGAGCUGGAGCACGACAUCGGACUUGGGAGGCAGAGCAGCCCUUCCCACCAGCACACGGGGCCGUGGGCAGACCUUGGAGCCCGAGCCCACUACGUGGGAGCUCUGCUCUUCCUGGGCCUGAAUGUGGGGCCUUGGGCCGGGGACUUAGCCUCUCUGAGCCUCCCUCCUCAGCCACCCUGGUGAGUCACGGUCCUGAGCCCACAGGGCUGGAGCAGGUGUGUAUGGGGGGUGACACUGGUGGCAGCUCAGAGCCUCAGAGCCACCCUCCACGCUCCUCCCCGUAGACCCUAGUGCCAUGCCUGGCUGGUGGGCCAGCUGAGGCCUGCGGAGAAGAGGUUUCAUCUGCCUGAGUUACAGCUCUGUUCUGCAGUAGGGCCGGCUGGGGGGCACUCAGACAGGCAUUGGAAACAGCAGUGCCCAGCUGCAACUAAGCCACCCAUGGGGAUGCCCGAGGCUAGGCUAACAGAGCCCUUGUGGGGGGCAAAGGCAGAAACGAAUGUAGCAGCUCGCUGUCUUGGGCAUAAACAGAGGUGGGUGCUGGCCCAGGGCCCUUCCAGACUAGCAGAACUGCCGGGCACAUCCGAAGGAGACUUUAAGGUCCCUCCCCGGCUCCUCAGCCAAAUGCUUGGGGUUUAGGGCCAGGACCUCGUCCAGGGAAGCCCACUCUUGAGUCGGUUUUAUUUCACUCAGCCAACACUGGCAGGGGACACCCUGCUCUGGGUCCAGGGCCAACGCGGGGAGGCUCAGCGCCCUACCCUGGGAGUGAUUCUGUGCCGGGAUUAUUUUUGAGGCCGCAGGGUACAGCCGUUAAUGCGUGCGCUCCCAUCCCUCACCAGCCUGGCUUUGAGUCUCACGUCUUCCCCUAGCUAGCCGGGCGACUUGUCCUCUCUGUGCCUCAGCUUAUGUAUCUGCAAAAUGGG